AUGUCAAACUUCAUAGAGAGGUCUACUGAUGAAAGUAUGAGCAUGGAAGUAGAUAUGGUUCUUGGUGAUCCACCUGCCACAGCAAUAGAGGCCAAUCGUAACUACGCUGCCUUUCAGUUGAGUCUUGAGUGUGCAAAGAAUGAAUACCUGACCGAUGAAGACCAGAGAGCGACCUAUUACCUUGGAGGGAUCUGUUGCUUAUUGCCGGACGUAACAGAUGAUCUGCAAGAAGCUCUUCGUUCGAUGGACCUGAGAGUUCGGACAAUAAGCUUCCCUUCAGCUGCCGCAAGGAAUGGUUUAAUCGUCCCACCGAAGGAGGUAGAGCCCAAAAAGUCUAUGGCUCUCUUUGGUUACUUAUUGAUCAUGCUUUACAAGAAUGUUGACGAAGUCCUCUUUAGAGGAUUUUUUGAGGAUCAUUUGAAGAAACUUUUUGAUAUAUCUGGUUUUGUUCCGAGGGAAGGAGAAGAUGUGUCAGUUUUCAGUGAUGCGGAACAUGCUAUGUACUACCGAAACUCCUAUGGUCAGAACCAUGGGAUCCGUACAGGAAAUUCUCAUGUGGCAACAUUUUUUUUCAUCUUUACCAUUCUUCGAGGCUCCCCUGUUCUUAGAGCCCCUAGAUUAGCAGAUGAAAUAGAAAAUUUUAGAAGGGCAUGUGAAGCAGUACUGGCUACUGAAUUUCCUUGUUAUUAUAUGAUCUUCGAAGAUCCUGAGAGCUACGCUAUACUUGACCGUUCCAACUUCCCCACGCUCACUGCUGUUGCUAUGAAGUUAAGGACCAAUGCAGAGUUAUGUGAAGUAGACUAUUAUGUGGCUAUGCAUAGGAACCAGCUCGGUGACAAGUCGGUGAGUUUGUCUUCUGAUGACAAUGGCAACGUCAAGGAAGACCGAGUCAAUUGCAACUCUGCAUUGGUCAUUAAUUGA